AUGAGACGAAGGUCUAGAGACGACGAUUCAGCCGACGAAAAUCGAGGCGCAAACCUCCAUGAUGCCAUUCUAUCAAAAAAACUCAAAAUCGGGCAGGAGGACCUAUCAUUGUUCAAACCAGGUUCUAUCGUGAAGUUGCAUCUCAAAAACUUUGUCACUUAUGCAGUAGGCGAAUUUUGCCUUUCUCCAUCGCUAAAUAUGGUCAUUGGGCCUAAUGGAUCGGGAAAAUCGUCGUUCGUCUGCGGCGUGUGUCUGGGUCUAGCCGGGAAACCCGAGUAUAUCGGACGCAGCAAGAAAGUCGCAGACUUUAUAAAAAACGGCGAGGACACAAGCACUAUCGAGACCACGCUCAAGCUUGGACCAGAAGCGUGGUUCCAAGAAUUCACGGAUGAAAACCUAACAGCUAAGAUCACUCGUGUCAUGAAACGCGACAAGAAAUCUCGCUACUUUAUAAAUGACAAGCAAGUGGAAGAAGCUACUGUCAAAUGGCUUGUGUCGAAACUCAAUAUUCAAUUGGAUAACCUGUGUCAAUUUCUUUCACAAGAACGAGUCCAAGAAUUUUCAAAGCUAAAGUCUGAUAAGCUUCUGGUUGAAACGGUACGGUCUGUGGAUGUAAACAUGCUAAACAUCUUUGAAGACCUCAAAGCGUUGCAAAUGGAAGAAAAAAGCGAAACCAAAGAAUUGAAAAUAAAGGAAGCCCGUCAAUCGGAACUAAGCACGAACCGUGAAAGAUUGGAAUCAUCUGUACGCACUCUCGAGACCUUCCGUCAAAAAAAGCGAGAUUUGGCUAUUCACGAGAAGCUUUUGCCCUACGCAAAAGUAAAGGAUCAUAAACUCAGAAUUCGGGACUACAAAAACGUCUGUGAGAACUCUAAGCGACAACUCAAGUCCCUGUUAUCUGACAAAAAACCGUUUAAAAACGCGCUGGAUCGCGUUAAAGAUGAAUGUGAGGAGAAGAUGAAAAGGAAACUUAAGCUAGAAGACAAAUUUAAAAAGGAAAAGGAGGUGUACCCUCGCUACGUUGAAAAGCUGAACAAUUACCAACACGAGAUAUCUUUGUUAAAAAACAGCAUUGAGCACUACAAGGGACGCACCGGUAAAAUCCGGGACGAAUUAGAAAAAAAAAAUCAAGAAUUACGUCAAAAUGUGGAGCAGCUGGCAAUGCUUCAUGAACCCGAUGAAGCGGAACUGAAUUCCCUUUUUGACCAAAGAAAGAUUGUUCAACAGGAUGUAGCUGAUCUCCACGAUAAAAUAAGAGAUCUUGAAUCCGUGAAUAGAAAUCUUGAGUACAAGCUUGCAUCUCAGCAAAAGUCAUUGGCCAGCAAAAGUCAAGGCCUGAAAUCUGAUGACAGGAUCAAAGUCCUCGAAGGUAGAGGGGAUAAGUUUGAGGACAUCCGGAGAGCUGUGCAGUAUAUUCGGAGUAAGCCAGAUAUGUCCGGAUAUGUACUAGGACCUCCUAUAAUGCUGCUUUCCGCUAAGCGACCUGAAUUUGCAAAGUACAUCUGGACGUGUGUUGGGCUUGCUAAUUCUGUUGCCCUCACAAUGGUUGAUGCAAAUGCAUAUGACCGGUUCAAUGACGAAUUACUUCGUAAUUACAGUGUUAACUUGAGGCAGCUAACUGGGCAAGAACUGAGGUCUCCAUAUACUCUUGGAGAGUUGAAGAGAAUGGGUUUUGAAGGCUAUCUCUCAGAUCUUUUAACUGGUGAUAGCAGGGUUCUGGAGAUGUUGUGCCAAGUCAGUGGACUGCACACAAUUCCUUUUACGCGAAAGGAUCUCAGCCCGCAGCAACAAGAAUACUUCUCAAAUCCUAACGAAAAUGGAGAUAUAAAAUUCAAAAGGAUCUUUGCCGGUGACUACGUAUAUGAGUUUAGGAGGUCAAGCUACGGUAACAGGCAGAUAUCAUCUGUUUCGUAUCCUGUCAGAGAGACGAAUUUCUAUCAAUCCAAGGUCAUAUCGGAUGAGCAUAAAGAGAGAAUCCUUGAACAGAUCCAAACCAUCGAGAACGAAAUAAAGCACUGUAAAGGAGAAGUGGUUCAAAACAGUACCAGUGUUGGGCAGUUGAAAGAACAAGUUUACUCGAAGAAAGAGAAGGACGAUUCCUUGAAAGUUAAGGCAAGCCAACUGAACGUGCAAAGAAAGAAGUUUACCAAGACAAAGCAAAUUAUAGAUCAGCUCCGAGAGACAUUAAAAGCGCUGAAGAAGAAAUCCAUGAAAGAUGUAGCUCCUAAAAUAAAGGAGUGCCAAGAUGGCAUUGUCAAAGUCAUUGAGAAUAAAACUGCAUGCAUGGCGGAAAUCACAGACUAUAUGCGGAGCUUGCAGGGCUUGCAAGAUGAAAUAAUCACCGCAACAAUUUCACAUAUAGAGGCGUUUAACAGUGAACGGUCUAUGAAUGAUGUGGUCGAAUUUUUCAAUGAAAAAGAACGACAUCUGCAAGCAGAAUACGACGAUGCCAAGAGGAGCUACGCGUCGAUGAAAGAAACAUCUGAGUAUCAGAGUUGGCUUGCCGCGAUCAGACAAUAUUCUAAAGAAGACAAACAACAACUAGCUGCUUUAGCGGAAGAGUAUCAGGAAGAAGACAAUUUCAACCUAGCAUUUAUUCUCCAGGUCAUUGACAGACUGCACUCAGAGAUUGCCAUGGUGAACGAAGACGAGUCUGUACUUGAGAUUUUACGUCAGACCGAGACUGAACUCGCAGUGCUGAACAAUACCAUUCCACAAAUGCAAUCCAACUUGACCAAUUUGCGUUUGCAGAUGCAAGAAAAGCGCACCUCAUUGGAACCUUUUCUGGACACUACGGUAAGCAGAAUCUCGAGAAAUUUUUCAGAGCUUUUCAAAAAUGUUGGAAGCGCUGGAGCUGUUCAAUUGGAGAAGCCCGUGCUGUACACCGAGUGGGAAAUGAAUAUCAUGGUCAAAUUUCGAGACAGUGCUCCGCUCAAAAAGCUUGAUUUUCACACCCAGUCUGGUGGAGAGAAGGCUGUCUCGACGGUCCUGUACAUGGUUGCACUUCAAGAAUUCACGUCUGCUCCUUUCAGGAUCGUAGACGAGAUCAAUCAAGGUAUGGACUCCACAAAUGAGCGUAUAGUCCACAAGGCUAUCGUCCAGAAUGCCUGUAUUGAGAACACCUCACAGUAUAUUUUGAUCACACCAAAGCUGCUGACGGAUCUCUAUUACCACGAGAACGUCAGGAUUCACUGCGUUAUGGCUGGGCCCUGGAUGCCGAACCCCAGCAUUGAAUCAGACAAAGUCCAGUUCGGACAGACAACUGCAUAUGUGUUUUAA